CUCAGGUACACGUCGCCCAGUAGGAUGUGCUUUCCGAAUAUGGCGGCCGUGUGUCCGCUCCACGGUCCUGCUCUUUUGUAAGAACUUACAUUUAAUCCCGCUUGGUAGCGAGUUGGGUUUUGUCAGUUGAAGCUGAGUUCAAAAUCAAGCCCUCCAAAGGCUAAAUUCUGGAGUGAGGGUACUGCAACUUCGGUGAAGUGUUAUGAUGCAACCUCCGCCUCGGGCCGGGGCACCGCCUCCCAUUGGGGGCAUUCCCAAUGCUUUUCGAAGGACUCGACCUCAUAAGCAGCCAGGAAAUCCCAGUGGGAUGCUGGGGCCGGCUCAGCCCGUGCCGCCUAUGACUGACCCCUUUGCAUUUGGCAGACAGGCCCCAUCCGGCGCCCCCCCUCCUGUGGGAAAUCACCAUCCGACCUCCAACAGUAACCUACCUGUGCAAACCCCACCGCCUGCUCCAUUCUAUUCGGGUGGCCCAGGUCAACAAGCACAUCAUCUGCCGGAAGUUGCCCAGGGUCAUCAGCCCACGGUGGCUGGAAUCAACAGCUUCGUCCCAGGAAAUGUUGCAUCCUCGGCCCCACCGCCCGGGCAGUUCCCUGGCCUCGCGACUUCGAAUGCCCCCAGUGCAGAGGAAGGCUAUUUGAACACCAAGGAACAUGGAUCCUAUGUCGCAGCAGGAGCUCCACCUCAGGGUGUAAACCCAUAUCCCACCGGGGUUUCGGAACCUGCGUUGUACCAGCCCCUGGUUAUGCCGCCAGCAGCGUCACCGUGGAUGUCUGACCACGGGAGUCGUCCCCCUUCAGUCCAGAACUACUUCCAGCCCACCAGUGAUAAUGCACCUCAGCCUUCCAGUUCGUCCCUCUCAGUUUGUCCUCCUGAUCCUUCUCAGCAAGCCCCUCCCCCAGUCCCUUCACCCCAUGGCCCUUCCAUAGCUCCUCCCCCUCAAGCCUCUUCUCCUCAUACAACUCAGGCUGUUCCUUCUCCUUAUUCUCUGGCCCAGAAACAGGCAUAUUCAGCUCAGCCAGGUUUUGGUGGUCCUCAAGGCAUCCCCACUGGACCCGGUCUGCCUGAGUACCACAGACCUGAGGGAAACGCUGGUGUCACCCAGAACCAGAAUUCUCAAUUCCAGGCCCACAACUAUUUUGGUCGGAACUGCACAGCACCUGACCCUUGGUUCACCCAACCCUCACGAGAGCAUUUUUAUCACCAGAUGGGCGGGGGCUCGAGCGAUAAUCGACCGAACUCUACAAAAGAUCAGCCAGGGCCGCCGCCUGGCCCCUCAGGCCCGGUGCCGUACGUUGCAGAUCCUGGCACUGUUUCACUUUUUUUCAAAGAAAAUGAUGUUGAAAAUGAGGAAACACUUGCAGGAGAAGGGAAGGCAGUCAAUGGUGUUUCAGUUGGGGAUACCUUUGGGGUAGGUUAUGGGAUGAACAUGUUGCCCCCCAGUCCUCAAAUGCCUCUUGUUCAGUCCCCGGCUGGAUCUGAGGUCUCCCAGCGAGGGGGUAUGAGCACGCCCGCAGACCGCAGUGGCCCAUUUACAGCUGAGCCUGCCGCUCCGUGUGCAAAUGACAGUGGAUUUGUGAGCGGCACUCCGAAACAUGAAAGACAGUUUGAUCACGUGGAAAACCUGGAAUGUGUGCCUAACCAAGAGGUUCUUCCUAGCGAGCCACAAAAAAUGCCCCAGAAUGUUAGCGGAAACACUGUUCCUGGGCAGGCAAAUACCGCUGUCCAUGGUGGUGUGCACUAUGAGGGUGGACCAAAUUUGGAGACCCCGGAUUUGGCACCAGGCCCAGUCAGGCCUGAGAGUGUGUCAUCCAGCUACAGCAAUGUAAGCCAGGGGAGCAUGUCUGGUGCUCGCCGCCCCCAGGGCGUAGUGGGCACCUUCAUCCAGCAAGAGGUAGCCAAACCCCUGGAGGACUCUUCAGCUGGCUACUUUGAGCAGAUUGACACUUCGCCUGCUGGAGAGGGCGCACAACAACGUGCGUCAGCUAAAAUGAACCAUGGCCAGCUCUCUCAGCCUGUGACCCCAAGUCCUCCGAAGCCCACUGGAAUCUUUCAGGCCAGCCCCAACAGUUCCUUUGAGCCUGUCCAUGCCCAUAGUGUGGGCGUCAGGCCCUUUGGGGUCGACCAAGCUCGAGUGGUAGCCGAGAAGGGAGGUGGUGCUCAUCCAAGGAUAGGUGUCCCAGAUGCUUCUCUGGGCAACCUGGAGCAGCCACCGGACAACCUGGAGAACAUCUUCAUGACUUCCACACAGCACCCGGGUGCAGGGGUUCCAGAGAAAAGGCCUUCUUCCCGUUCACACGGAGCUCGUCUUAAGUGCGAGAGCCCCGCCACCACGCUUUGGGCACAGAAUGAGAUGGCCAUCGCAAAUGCCAACGUUGUGCUGGCCCCUGCUGCCCCGCCAGUGCAUGGGUUAGUAAAGCAGCCCAGUGCUGAGGUAAUUCAGCCCCCUGAGGAUGGCCCACUAGACCUGCAGGUUCCACAGCAUGUUCAUUGUCCCCCUGAAAGACCCGACCACCCGUCAGAGAACCUUGAGAACCCUCCAAAAUUGGCUGAGGCUGAUCCAAAGCAUCCUCAGGCAAGUGUUGGCUAUGCUUCUCUACUCGUUACUACCCCACCCGCGGAAUCAUUCCCCAAUCAGCCUGUUUUGAUUGCACCCCCUUCAACAAAUUACUCUCUAAUUCCACCAAAUAAUCCUCAUUCAAUCAUCUCUAAUGAAGUGUCACCGAAUCCCGGGGUUGAUGUCAGAAACCUGCCUUUACAGCAGCCUUCAGACAUGUGUGUGAACACAAUGCCGACAGGUCCUCCGAUGGUUCCUAACCAUCUGGAGCACUUUGCUUUACCAGUCACCUCUUCUGGGAAUUUCAACUGCAGGCCUGCUCCAAAUCCAUCUCCUCUCAAUUUAACCCCAGAGAGCAGGCAGGUCAUAAAACCAGAUAACCCCCCUGCGGUAUCCACAGGCAGGCCAAGUAACUCCUCUCUUCCUCAAGCUGAUCCUCUCGGGGGUCCCAGUCACUCUGCUCCCCCUGUUAAUUCUCAAGCUCUGCCUCUUGCUGAUAAUCAUAAACAGCCUACUAAUUAUGAGCUGCUCGAUUUUGCGAUGUCUUUCCCUCAGAGCAACCAAAACAAGGCUCCCGCUGCAGGUACUGUGCCUUCUGGUGUUUCCCAGCAAGCUCCAUCCACGGCACCGGGACUGAAGACGGUCACGCCAGUCAGUAACUCGGCAGGUUUUUAUCGACAGGUGACCAAAGACCCGCAGCAAGGAGGCAGUGGGGAGAGUGAGCCUCAGCCCCAGCAGUUGACUGACUCUGCUGUCCUGCCAGGGGGGGGCACCACUAGUACCCAGCUGUCUGCCUUGGACUCAUCCCACAGGCCCGAGUCUCAGCCUAACCUUAAUGCAGGUGGUGCCCCUCCAAAUCCAACCUCUCAGCCUCCUGCACCAGUCAACCAGUAUCCUCAUCCCCCAAUGCCGGGACAGGCCCCACCUGGACCAGGUGUUUCUGUGCCACCUGGGACUGUCCCUCCAGGGUCUGGUGAACCACAUCAACCCCCUUACCCUCCCCAGCCAGGCAACUCCUCCAGGCCGCCUUCAGUGCUGGGUGGACCUCCGGGAUAUGGGGGCAUGCCGCCAAUGCCUGGACCCAUGUAUGGAGGAUACUAUGGGGGCGCCUAUCCUGAGUGCAUGGAUGGCAGACCACCUUACCCCCCUCAGUACCCUCCCUCUGACCCCAGAGCACAACCAUACUACCAGGAUGAUCCCUACCGAAGGUAUGAUCCGCGUUAUGGCCGAUAUGAAGGACCCAACUUGGGUUACCGGGACACGGAGCGAUACCAGCACAGGGAGCAGCCGGAGCGGCCCAGCUCUCGAGCCAGCCAGUACUCUGACAGACCCUCGUCCAGGCAAGGCUAUUCUGAAGAUUACCAGAGGGCGAACCGCAGUGCCUACGACGGAUAUUAUGGAGACUAUUACAAAAACUAUGGAGAUCGCAGGUGGGAGCAUUAUGAGCCCAUGCCGGCCUUUGAUCCUCGAUACAGGGGCUACUACGACCAGUCCUAUUGGUAUAACUACGACCCUGAGGCCUACAGGGGCAGGGAAGGGUACUACAGCCAGCCCUAUACCAACAGGCGUGAGACCUACGAUGACCAGUGGCGCUACGACCCACGUUACGACUCCAGCUUCGACGAAGCCUACGGCCACCAGCGGGAUGCUUACGGUGACGAGUGCGACCGGCGCAGCGUGCACAGUGAGCACUCCACCCACAGCCUGCGCAGCUCGCGCAGCCAGCACAGCCGCAGGAGCAGCUUCAGCUCGCGCUCACAGCCGAGUCAGUUAUACAGGAGCCAACAGGACCUUGUGUCUGCGGCUUACGAGCCCCCUGGCCAGGCAACCAACCUCUCCGUGGACUUCUCCUACGGCCAGUACCCUGACAGCACGGAUGCAGGCUACCAGUACCCUGCAGGCUAUACUGCCGAGGGUGGGUGGCCGGCUGUCGAGCAACCACCGCCCCGCCCCGCGACCCCUGAGAAGUUCAUGAUGCCGCACCGGUGUGCCAGGUUCGGGCCCAGCGGCCAGAUGGUGCAGGUUCUGCCCAACCUACCAUCAGCGGGACAGCCAGCGCUGGUGGAGAUUCACAGCAUGGAGAUCAUGCUGCAGGACUUACCAGAGCAGGAGGAACUGCGCUCCUUCCCUGGACCUCUGGUGAAGGAUGAGACGCACAAGGUGGACGUGAUCAAGUUUGCCCACAACAAGUCUUUAGAGUGCCAGCGGGACGACGGCCUCAUGGACAAGGACUCGGCCAGACUCAUCUGGGAUUUCAUCAUGCUGCUGUGCAGGCAGAACGGGACGGUGGUGGGCACGGACAUCGCAGACCUCUUGCUGCGGGAGCACAGGUCCGUGUGGCUGCCGGGGAAGUCGCCCAACGAGGCCAAUCUGAUCGACUUCACCAACGAGCCGCUGGAGCGUGCGGAAGACGAGCCGGGCUCGGGGCCGCUCUCGCUGCUUUCCGACACAUUUAUGACAGUGCCCGAGAACCCAGGCAAGGAGACCGAGCGCUUCCGGGAGCUUCUGCUCUUCGGCAGGAAGAAGGAUGCGCUGGAGUCGGCCAUGAAGAACGGCCUCUGGGGACAUGCCCUCCUGCUCGCCAGCAAAAUGGACAACAGGACGCACGCGCGUGUCAUGACCAGGUUUGCCAACAGUCUUCCCAUCAACGACCCGCUGCAGACGGUGUACCAGCUGAUGUCUGGGAGGAUGCCGGCUGCAGCCACGUGCUGUGGAGAUGAGAAAUGGGGAGAUUGGCGGCCCCACCUGGCUAUGGUGCUUUCGAAUCUCACGCACGCCCUGGACCUCGACAUGCGCACCGUCGCCACCAUGGGGGACACCCUGGCUUCCAAAGGGCUGAUUGACGCAGCUCAUUUCUGCUACAUGAUGGCCCAAGUCGGCCUGGGCGUUUACACCAAGAAGAGCACGAAGAUGGUGCUGAUUGGCUCCAACCACAGCUUGCCGUUCUUCAGGUUUGCCUCCAAUGAAGCAAUCCAGCGGACAGAGGCCUACGAGUACUCCCAGUCCCUUGGCUCUCAGCCUUGCUCGCUGCCCAACUUCCAGGUCUACAAGUUCCUGUAUGCCUGCAGGCUCGCUGAGGCUGGGCUCUGUGCGCAGGCCUUGCAUUACUGUGAGGUCAUCUCCAAGGCCGUGCUCAGCAUGCCCUCUUACUACUCCCCGGUGUUCAUCGGCCAGCUAAUUCAGAUGUCCAUCAAGCUGCGCUUCUUCGACCCGCAGCUGAAGGAGAAGCCGGAGCAGGAGCUCUUCGUGGAGUCUGGCUGGCUGGUCCGGCUGCGGCAUCUAGAUGGCCAGAUCAGGGACGGGAUGAUUUCUUACAGCUCGGGCAGGGAGACCCCCCAGCAGUAUGCCUGCAGCACACCCAGCUCGGAGUUCGACCAUCCGUCCCCCCCCGACCCUAUGGGCAUGCCCAUGGACAGCUCGGCCAAUCCGGACAAUGCGCUCAUGACGUCACUGCUGCCGAACCCAGGGCCGCCCCUGUCUGGGGUGCAGCUCAUGCCGCCAGCGCCCCCCACCAUCCUGGCUGAUAGCGUGGCUUCCGUACCCCCGGCUCUACAAGUUGGCGAUGGGGUCCAGUUCUACCCCGUUCCGCCCAGCCAUCUUUGUCCAGUUCCUGGCCCUGUACCUCCCCCACAAACCCAGAUGUCUGGAGCUGUGCCCCCCACCCCUGUCUAUGCCCCGCCCUACUCAAUGGAGCAGACGUACCCUGUUCUUCCAGCACCCUCGCAGAUUUCCCACGUAGAGUCACCCCCUUCGCCCCUGGGGCAGCAUGUCCCCCCCCAGACCUCAUCACAGCCAGCCUCCCCCUCCAGGAGCAGCUUCACCCCCCAGAUGGACUUCUAUGACAAGAUGGAAGUCAUGGGUCCUGGAAGAAGGUCAAGAACAACUUCACAGUCCUCAAUGCAUACGGGUCAGGGGCGGCGCUCACGCACCACCUCCGAGUCGUCCACCCAUUCUACGGGACGGGAGAGGAGCAACUCCAUGGCCAAGCCGUCCCUGCCCACCCCUGAGCCCAUUCCGGAACAGCCCCCCCACCAGGAUGCACCUAAGAAGCAAAAAAAGGAGUCUCCUAAAAAGGGAAGCGGCAGUGGGUGGCUGGGCUGGUUCUAUCGGAAUAGAAGGAAUGAGGCCCAUCUGCCGGAUGACAAAAACAAAUCGAUAGUCUGGGAUCCUCAGAAGAAGCGAUGGGUGAACAUGGACGAACCUGAGGAGGAGAACAAACCACUGCCGCCCCCCCCAUCCAGCUUCCCCAAAAUGGCCCCCCUGGCAGCGCCUGGGGGUGCAGCUGGGCCGCCAAGUGGUGGACCACAAGUCAACAUGUUUUCCAGAAAAGCAGGCACCAAGAGUAGGUAUGUGGAUUUCCUGAACCCAGGGGGUACCAGCAGCAAGCCUGCAAGUUCUGUUCCCGUUCCAGCAGACCUCUUCGCACCCCUGGCCCCCAUGCCCAUGCCCGCCAACGUCUUUGUACCUGGUGCAGCCCCCGAUGAGCAGCAGCCUUUAGAGGGCAGUGUGCCAGAGGCGAGUCAGCCUCCAGGUCAAAGCCUUCCCAGUUCUAGUGCAGCACCACAGAUGACUAAGCAGACACUUUACCCUCCUGGCCAGGAGGGGGCACCUGUCAUUGAAGGGACUCAAUCCGGGGAGCUCUCGCGUUCUAGCUCAAUGAGUUCUUUAUCACGUGAAGUGAGUCAGCAUUUGAACCAGGUUCCCACCCAAACACCAGUUCAGGGUGGGCCGUCGUCUGGAGGCGUGACUUUCUACAACCCCACUCAGUUUGCACAGCCAAGCGCCUCCACAGGCGCAGCCAAACAGGGUCGUUUUGGCCAGAGGAAAUAUCUAGCGAUGAAGUAGAGGUCGACAACUUCAGAAGAAGGACCCGUCUAGAUCUGUGGCAGGAUCUCUCCUGCUGAGAUGGUCAGUUUUUCCAGAAUUAGGACAAGAAGAUGCAUUAAGUUCAUCUGCUGUCACAACCAGUGAGCAAUGCUGAUGCAGAACGGCUACCACCAAAUCCACAGCGCCUCUAUUCUCCCUCAGCCCUAAAUCAUUAUUGCUGGAUUUAACCUCGACUCAUUUGCUAUGUGAAGUAUGUAGCUUGAGGUCCAGCUCAAAAGAUUAUCUUAUAUCCAACUGGAACUAGGAGUGGCACAGUGAUCUUGGAGACAAAUUAUCGAAAACUGCCUUGAUUUUAGGGUAGCAAAUCGCUACUACAGAUGCAUCUGGCCUUGGCUGUCUAAUGAAGUUGAAAAAGACAAUAAUCAAAAUGUAGUGCCCUGACUAUGACGAGUAGAAAUUCAGGAAGAGUGGAACCUCUGUCAUUCACGCCUCCUAUUUCUGUUGUUUCCUACAUUAAUGUCACUGAGCUCAUGCGUCAUAUUUCUGUGUCUCAUUUAAAAGAUCUCAGACCAAAUCAGUUUGUCCAAAACCCCCUGGUACUUGUGUUGAGCUUGUGAUCCUAUGCUGAGAAGGAGCUGUCAAACUCUCUUCCAGAGCUGAACUGUGUGAUUUUUUUUUUUUCUUUUUUCUUUUCUUUUUUUUUUUUUUAAGUGCAAUAUUAACCUUUUGUUUUUCUUGUCACCUAUUUUCAGUAAGAUUUCUUGAUGGGACAACAGCCUGAAUUUAGUCUAGUCUACCUAAGUGGUCUUGGAGUGAUGGAAGGUUAUUUUAAGAUAUUUAUUGGAUUGCCAGCCCAACAUCUAGCUAUCAGUAGCCAUGGUCUUAAUUUCUCAAUAAUAGCAUGUUGGAAUCCAACUCUUAUGUCUUCGAGGAACUGAGUGAAUGAUUUCUACAGCAGUUUUAGGAUUGGUCACCAUUUUUAAUUGUCACGUGUAUCCAAAUAAUUUGUAUAUCUGUUCAGAUUGUAUUUAUGACCUCUAGUCAAAAGUGUGCAAAGCAACUAAUAUUUCUAAUUUAUCCAUUGUAUGCCGUAGAUUUGCCAUUCUAAUCAGUUAUAGUAAGCGCUUCAGUGUAUGAAUCAUGGAAACAAUUGGAGUGAUAAGCGAUGGAGAUCUUGCUCUGACUACAGUCAUCCACCUUUUUUUUUUUUUUCCUUUAACUGUUGUGAUUAUUUCCCCGAAUUCAUAUUUAAUGUAUGCAGAAUCCUUUUAAUGUAGUUCCCAAGCUCUUUCUACAUAGACCACUGAAUACUUUUGACAUAAAGUCCUUCAUUUGAAGGAGCCCUGUUGUGUUUCAAAAUUGACACUGUAAAAUUCUUGGGCAGAAUACAAAAUGAAUAAAAUAUUUUUGCGCUCUUGA